UUAAAAAAUAAUAACUAGUCGGGGUCUUGGUGCACUUUCAGAUGACUUCUGCCUCCUGAGGGAGAUUUGCGCACGUUUUGCGCCAGUUUGAGGGAUGUUUUAGAGACAAUUUGUGUGAGGGGCAUUUUGGAGCGAGAGGUCGAAGCCCUGAUAAUGCGGAGAGAGCAAAGAGUUUGUGGGCAUGAACGCAGCGCAGACGGACCCUGACAAACUCCUCACGUGGAUUGAGUGAUUGCUGUUUCAUUUGACAUUUAUUUCCUGCAAUCAGAGGAUUUUUUCUCCCCUUUUCCCUCCGCAGCUGUGCCUUAAAAUUGUGGAUUAAUUCAGGGAUGCGAGGAUUUUUGGAGGCGCGUCUUAAUUUUGGAGUUGACUGAGGAGGAUAUUGUUUUUUUUUUUCCUUUUCUUUUCCUUAUCAUUCUUUUUUUUUUUUUCUUAACACUUAAGCCUGGCUCCAGGAUCGAGAGAAGAGGAUUAACCCUUCGUGAAGGUGGAAGUAAUAAUUCUAACAAUCUAAGUGGACCCAAACUCAUCCUCCUGGCUGCUGAAUCCAACAUGAAGUCUGUCACAGUGUGGAUGUGCGUUUCCGUCUUUCUGCUUCUCUUAGAUGACACAGUGAGUUCCUGGGGUGGUUCAUCUGUUUUGUCCACAUCUUUAGCCAACAACAGCCCUGGAUCCUCCACCACUGUGUCUGGGAGCGAACCUCAGCCAGAAUGGGUAGACUGCGUCCAGGCAAGUGAGCUGUGUAACCAGAACCCUCACUGCAGCUCACGGUAUCGGGUGAUGCGCCAGUGCCUCGUGGGUAAGGAGAAGGACUCCAUGCUGGACACCAACAGAGAGUGCCAGGCCGCCUUGGAGGUGUUGCUGGUUAGUCCACUGUACGACUGCCGCUGCAAGAGAGGCAUGAAAAAGGAACUGCAGUGUCUGCAGAGCUACUGGAGCAUCCACAUGGGACUCACUGAAGGUGAGGAGUUCUAUGAAACAUCUCCGUAUGAGCCCGUCGCACCCGUCCGCCACCCUGAUGCAUUCCGCUUGGCCUCCAUCAGUUCAGGGAUGCACACCGUCGCCCUGAAAGGUUUGCACUGUCCCGAUGCUGGCAAACCCUGCAACCCCUGCCUCGACGCAGCCAAAGCCUGCAACUUGAACAGCGUCUGCAAGAAGCAACGUUCUACCUACAUCUCCACCUGCAGCAAGGGGGACCACAACAAGGGGGAAACCUGCAACCGAAAGCGCUGCCACAAGGCGCUGAGGCAGUUCCUGGACCGGGUGCCCACCGAGUUUAGCCACCGGCUGCUGUUCUGCCCAUGCCAACAUGAAGGCUGCUCUGAAAGACGCAGACAGACCAUCGUGCCUGACUGCUCCUUCAAAGAUAAGGUCAUACCCAACUGUCUGGAGCUACGGAGGGUCUGCCGGCAGGACCCACUGUGCAGGUCUAGACUGGCUGAUUUCCACAUGAACUGUCUGGAGACGCAGCAUACAGUGAGCAGCUGUCCCAAUGAAGACAAUUACCAAGCCUGCUUAGCUCCUACGCGGAGGCUCAUCGGGACAGACAUGACACCCAACUAUGUGGACAGCAGUUAUUCCAACUGGACAGUCUCUCCAUGGUGCACAUGUAAGGGAAGUGGAAACCAAGAAGAGGAAUGUGUGAACUUCCUGCAUGACUUCACGAAAAACACAUGCCUGAGAAAUGCCAUCCAGGCCUUUGGUUAUGGGGCAGACAACAUGCAGAACAAAGACGUGUCCAUCUCAGGCUCCUCAGUGACAGCGAAGGCGAGGAUGGAUGGGUCAACAAGCACCUCAGAACCUCCUGAUAUCUCCAAUGGCAUCAAGCCAGGAAACGAGGUGCUAGGAAAGCCUCUCGUGGAACCCAGCAGCGGUUACGGUGGCCUGAGCCCACCCCAGGUCCAGCCAGAGGAUCAGUCUGCCUGUCUGUGUGCCAGCAUCUGGGCUCUGUUUCCCACCCUUGCUUUGGCUCUCAUCCUGGCCCAGCAUGCCUUAUAGGAACGCCAGGAGGAGACACACACACACACACACAUACACAUUAACACACAAUAAAUAAAUAAAUAAAUAAAAAAGAGGUCAUCCACCCACAAGUUGAUCCCAAAAGCAGAAGGUGUUAUUUUUGAGACUGAUAUCAAGGAGACUUGAAUCUCUAUGGGGAAUUGUCAAAAAUGGCACUCACGAAAAGCUAAAA